UUUUUCGCUAAGUGAGCCUUGAAAUCCUGAGGCCUGGAACGGGUCCGGCCCUCACCUACUUCCUGACUGGUAAUGUUGUAAAUUGGGCUUUCCCUUUUGCCUCAUCUGUAUGCAGUUAGAAAAUAAAUUUAUUCGAACGCUUACAUUUACUUGUUUUGAACGUUAGCUAUUAAAAUUCCCAGACUGCAGUGACAGCAAGUACCUAUAACACCACAAGCAAAUAAUAUUUCAGCAUCUGGGGGAGACCCCCUUAUAAACGUUGUUGUGGCUUUAUGAGAGCUAGUGGUUAAGUUUGCAGGAUAUGGUCUGGAAAUUGCCUUGUAGCUUCUGGUUGCCUUGUUACACAUAAAUUGUGCAAAGUUUAUGGAUAAAAAUAAAGAUGCCAUAUGAAGUUAGGGCAGCAGCGGGAUUAUCUGCAGGAGCUGAGAGUCUGUGCUCGCCCUAGGGGAAGAUUUGAAAGCACAAAUGCUAAAAGGUUAGGAUUUCACUAUGGCAGUGCGGUUCCUGCAGAAGGCAUCUGUGUGGUUAAAGAAGCGCAGGAUCACUUUGUUGGCCGUUUCAUGCAUGGGACUGUUUGGUGCUAACCUUUCCUAUCAUGUGUUCCCUGAUCAGACGUUCAAACUGUUGCAUGAGUGCUGGUCAGAGGGGCAGCCAGCUGAGCUUUCACAGAGGCUCUGUGGUGUCUUUCAGGAUGUCCUUCAAGAUACUGGUGUGAAGUCUGCUGACUCGUAUCGAGCCUUUGCAGUUUCUGGCUUCCACCCUGUGAGUGCUGGAAUCCCCUGGUUCCCUGCAGGCUCUUUGGUGGGCAUCCCACCUAACUUUGAAAGCACAGCUGAGAAUAAAAAAGGAAUAGUCAACCAUGUUGUUGUGAUCAGUGGCAAGGAAGUAGACUGGGAGAGCAAUGAAGGAGUUGCUUUGAAGGAAGCUCUGACGUUUUCUCUUGAAGCUCAGAAGUUUGCCCUUGCCAGAGAAGUUAUGUAUUUGCAGAACAGCAGCCCUUUAGCAAGUGCAGCCGUGGCUCCAACUUGCUUAGCUGGUACAUUUUUCUGUGGGAGAGCUAUAAAGCUACUUCUGGGUUUUUCUUCUGGCCCCGUGAUACUUCGUGGCAUCUGUAACCUCAUAACUGCGGCUGCUGGACUGAUGUGCUAUUACGUUUCUUACGACGCUGUGACCUAUCACCUAGACUGCAAGGCUGACAGAAGGGCAGCUACUGUUUCCAAAGACUACGCCAGAGGUGGGGUUGAAUUCUAUGAUAAAAUCCUGUCCCGCAACAGGAUCUUUCGUGGUCUGAUGGGCAAACAAGGGAUGAAAAUUUAUGCCCCAAGUGGUAACCUGUUCCCAAGGCACUGGUUCAGAAUAAAGUAUACCCCGUACACUUACCGAAGAGAUUUGAUUGUUAAUAUUUUAAGAGAGCUCCAGGCAUAGGGAGUGCUUGAAUUUUAAAGUUGUGAAUUGUGUAUUCUCUUGGAACACUGCUGUGCUGCCUUUUUUUUUUUUUUCCCCCUGUAUCUUCAUGAUUAGAAUUUCAGGGUUUAUUUUUGCAUAUAGCUCGAACGAGUUGUUGCACAUUCUGUGAAUAAAGAAUUCUCUCUUAAAAUAUUAAAGACUCGCUUCAAAAGUGC